AUGCUGAUCCGUCCUCUCUCUAUGCUGACCCUGCUUACACAGCUCCCAGGGUUCCUGGAAGCAGAAGUGAAGAUCUAUUCCCAGAAAACAGUGGCCAACGCCUGCACUCUGGUCAUGUGUAGCCCACUGGAGAAUGGUCUGCCUGGUCGUGAUGGACGGGAUGGAAGAGAGGGCCCCCGGGGCGAGAAGGGGGAUCCAGGUUUGCCAGGAGCUAUAGGGCAAGCAGGGAUGCCUGGACCAGCUGGUCCAAUUGGACUCAAGGGGGACAAUGGCACCACUGGAGAACCUGGACCAAAGGGAGAACCUGGGCCAAGUGGGAUUCCAGGAACCCCUGGUGUGGCUGGUCCAGCUGGAAAACAAGGCCUUGCAGGGAGCCCGGGGGAUAUAGGACCUCAAGGCAAACCAGGCCCAAAAGGAGAGGCUGGACCCAAAGGAGAAGUAGGUAGCCCAGGCAUGCAGGGCUUGGCAGGUACUAGAGGCCUCACCGGUUCUAAAGGAGAAAGAGGAGCCACUGGUGAGCGUGGAGCCCCUGGAAAUGCUGGGGCAGCUGGACCUGCUGGAGCUGUGGGAGCCCAGGGACCUCCAGGUGCCAGAGGGCCCCCAGGACUGAAGGGGGACAGAGGUGUUCCUGGGGACAGAGGUGCCAAAGGAGACAGUGGGCUUCCAGGCUUGGCUGCUCUACAGCAGAAAGUGGAGGCCUUACAGGGACAGGUACAGAACCUUCAGGCUGACUUAUUGAAGCAUAAUAAAGUGGAGCUCUUCCCCAGUGGUCGGAGUGUUGGCAAGAAGAUCUUCAAGACAGGUGGCUUUGAGAAGUCCUUUGAGGAUGUGCAGCAAGUGUGUGCACAAGCCGGGGGAAAGGUGGCCUCCCCUCGCUCUGAGGUUGAGAAUGCCGCUGUGCAGCAGCUGGUCCUCUUCCACAACAAGGCAGCCUUUCUGGACAUGACAGACACCAAGACAGAGGGUAGGUUCACCUACCCUACAGGAGAGCCUCUGGUCUACUCCAACUGGGCCCCAGGAGAGCCCAACAACAAUGGCGGAGCUGAGAACUGUGUGGAGCUCUUUACCAAUGGCAAGUGGAAUGACAAGUCCUGUGGAGAGCAGCGCCUGGUGGUCUGUGAGUUCUGA